AUGAAGAAAGAUAAAAGGAAAACUAAAAUUCCAGCUGAUAAUUACCCAGUUCAGACAUUGGUGAAUAUGUCACUUAAUCCAAGUCGACCUUCCUCAUCAGAGUUGGUGGAACUUCAUGUUUUUUAUGUCCCUGAAGGAUCGUGGAACUAUAAGUUAAAUACCAUUUCAAAAGAAGUUGUUAGCAAAUUCAUUUCAGCUGGAUUUAUAAGAGUAUCUCCUCAACUUACUUUACAAGCCUUGAGGGAGCGUCUUGGUGAGUUCCUUGGUGAAGAUGCUGUUGCAGAAAAAUUUUUAUUUCUGAAAUGUAUAGGAAAUAAUUUAGCUGUGGUGAAAGCAAAGCAAGAAUCAGAACUGAAACUCAAAUCAUUUGCACCUCCAUAUGCUCUUCAACCAGAAUUAUAUUUGCUUCCCGUAAUGGACCAUUUAGGAAAUAUUUAUUCAGCCUCAUCAACAGUUACCUUCGAUGGGCAGCAGGCCAAUAAUGGUGUUACUGAGGCAGAUGGAGAAGUCUACAAACCAUUCAGUGUGAUUUUGUCAAAGGAAGAAACUGGAACAGAUUCCCGUUUAUUAGAAAACACUUUGAAAGAACUUCUUAACAAGAAUCGGGAAGAAGCCAGAGGGAAAACUACUCCAAAAGAAAGCCAGACUGGAAAAAAUCGAAUUAGACAUUCUGAAUUGCCAGGAUCAUUAGAAGACCCAAAUACUGAUUAUUUUAGCAACAGAAAAAGUCAGUGUCCUUGGACAAAUGAAGAAGAUACAAUUAAUAUCAGUAGAAGAGAGGACAAUCAGACAAGCAAAAAAGAGUGUGCCACCCUACCAGAUCUUAUUGAUUUUCCUUCACUUCCUUGUCAACCUACUCCUUCUUCAGAAAUAACUGAUGUCUCUUCAUUACAUAUUGAGAGAGAGAAGAUUAUCAAACAAAUGAAACAAGUAAAGGAAGAAAGAAGAUACCUGGAAAGAAUUAGAGAAGAACUAAUUAAAAAAGUUGAAAGGCUAUUUGAGCAAAGCAAAUCAAAGCGAUAUCAUGGUAAAAAUUACCUUAUAAUCCAGAUCACUGAAGUACAGCAUGCAAUUGACCAACUUAAGAGAAAAUUAGAUACUGACAAAAUGAAGCUUAUAAUUGAAGUUAAGAUGAGAAAACAAGUAGUUUCAGAUUUACGUAUAUUGAAAGCUGAACUGGCACAGAAAAAAAUUAAUACAUCUUUACAAUGUCAAAUAGAGAAGCAGGACACAAAGAUGGAUAAAGCCAGGCUGUGUGACUGGUGGAACCACAGCCUAGCCACUUCAUCUUCCACCCUAGCUGGAUCAGAACUUCUCUCGAAGAGGAGUUGCCUUCAGGGCUCCCCUCCUACCUCUGCAAAUCCUGCCUUCGAGAUCCUGGAGCCUGCUCUGCCCUCCGAACCUGGAGGCCUGGCACUGGAGGAGGCUAGCCCUGCUGGGCAACUGAACAUGGCCACGCAGCUUCCUGGAAGCCUCCCAGAAACCCUCUUCGAGGGAGCAGACAUUCUGCAGCAGUUCACACCAUGCCCGCUGCUUCAUUAA